AUGGCCGCCGCCAUGGUUGCCUCCGAAUCCUCCCUCAGCAGCCGCGUUUCCUUGAUCUCCCUCGACCCAGCGGUUGCUAGUCACAUUACUGGCACUACCAGGACUACCACCGUCCCUUCUGCUUCGCAGUAUGGGUCGAGUCCGAGAAAAAGUACCAAAACGCCCGACACCGACGUCUCCCGCACCCACAAUAGAAACAAUUCUGCUCCCAGUAUUUCAGACAGGAAGGCACCGGUAUCGCUCAGGCGCGUCAAGGAUAGUACAGAGGUCUUGAGACAGCGCUCAACGAAAUCAUCUAAAAAGCCCAAGCAGUCGCUGGAGACGGUCCCAGACAAUGUCCAUGGUCGCAACUUCACUGUUGGCAAUGUAGGAACUGGUGGGAUCCUCUACCUGACGCCGUCAACGCAUCAAACAAGCAAUGCAUCUCCACACUCUGUUGCCUCACCAGUGCAUUCACCUUCAACAGCACCAGCUAUUCUGAGCAAUGGCGAAGGAAGACCCCUGGUGAAUGAAAAGGUCUCAACCACCCGAUCAGUAACCUCUUCUCAUUCGCAGCAGACAACCUCUUCAAAACGGUCUGUUAGACGUUCACCGAGGCCCAGGGUCUUCUCGAGUCACGGUCGGUCACAGUCCUUCUCUACUAUUGAAGAACAUCGCCAAUCAUUGCUGGCUCCACAGUCGCGGACACUGAGGAUCGUUAUCAAUCGCCCCGAGACCGCAAGACCAAAGACAUCACAAGAAUCCACUGAAGAAAUGGCUUUAGAAUUUCAUCCCACCCUAGAAGUUCCUAUUCCACAUUAUCGUAUCGGUACAUUCCGCCUCAGUUCCAAUGGAACUCCAAUGCUGAGGGGGUCCUCAUUCACCAGGGGAUCUAUCACUCCCUCGGACGUCACGCCUACUCAAGCUAUUAUGCAGGCAGAGGGAUUCUUUGCAGCGCCGCCGCCUGCUAGCAUCAAAGCCUUCGCAAAACUGGAAGCAACAGAGAUGAGCGGCGGAGAGGAGCCGGCGCCCGCUACACCUCCCAUGCCAUUACUUGCCAAGGUAUCAUCUACCUCGACGUCCAGUGUGUCCAGCAUCAUCCAACCACAAGUUUUUGACCGAUUGACCGAAAUGUAUGAUGAUCCCUCGGUUGUCCGUUAUUGCCAGAACGUGAGGGAAAUCACUGCGGCCACACCUGCUCGGAUUAUCGCCCAAAUAUCGUCGGACUCUUUCAUGGACUAUGAGCUGGUCUCUGAUUUUUUCCUGACAUUUCGGUCUUAUAUGUCGACUUAUCAAGUGCUUGAUCUUCUCCUUGCGAGGUUAAGGUGGGCCAUAGGUCGCUUAGAAGACGACGGCAGGAUCAUCCGCGUACGCACGUUUGCCGCCCUUCGUCAUUGGAUCCUGAAUUAUUUUAUGGAUGACUUUUUUGUUGAUCACCGCCUUCGGGUACGUUUUUGUAACGAGGUCAACAGACUGUACAACGACGUCAGGGCAAAUCCAGCGAAUGGGUUCAGCGACCUCAAACUCCUGCGCGACUUGAAGCGUUGCUGGAAUGGGCGAUGCUCGUUAUGCUGGGGUGCCGAGAAUUUCGAUCUGGACGGUGAACAGGAAGAAGACAUUCAACCCGGGGGAGUGGAUGAGACUGACCGUACCCCACGGCAAGGGACCGUCGCUCAUCCUGCUCAGGCACAGCAUGCAACCCCCCAGACCGCAGUCUCACGAAAGGCGCAACAAAGUUGGUUCGAAGCAGAUACUGCCGUUAGGCCAAGCCAUGAUCGCCAAACAUCGGGAAAUUCUGGUCUACUGAGCGAUGGCAGCGUGCAAGCAACCUCUUGUUUCGUCCCCAAGCACCUUCUACGCCCUAGCGGUAGUGGCAGUGAAAGUCAUUCGAAAGCUCCUCAUCCGGUCUCUGUUCAAUUAAGACGAAAGAACGCACCCGCGAACUUGCACGUAGUCACCCAACCCCUACCGGCUCAAAAGGUCAUUGGCCACAAGAGAGGAGCAAGCUCAAUUGAUAGCAACAGAGAGCCAACCCCUCGCAAAAUGCAAGCUGAACCUCCUGUGCAGGUCGUGGAAGAUGGAAGCAUUAUUCGAGGACUUCUUUACAGCCCAAGCACUCCUUUCGUUCAGAUUGUGUCUUCACAGUCCACGCAAUCUCUCGACAGGCAAGAAAUGGGGGCCCCAGAGGACCUAGAAAGGAGCAUGGUACACACUCUGCGGCUCAACCUGUGGCAAGGAAUAUCUUUGUUGCUCAGUCUGCCCAAGAUGGUCCGAAAGGGCGAAAUGCGUAUCGAUCUUCUCUCGGCCGCGGCAUGUCAGAACUACGAGACAAAAUUUCCUUCGAAACAUCGAAUCAGUUACGCCCCAUUCUUUGCCAUUAACCGUCCUCUUCAGCCAGCCGCUUCAGCUGAGGAUGAACAGGAGCCACAGCGAAUGCCAAGUCAUGCCACUCGUCAAAGUGGCUCAAUUUUAAUAGUUGACGAUACGCGUCCAGAGUUCCCUUCGAUGUCUGGCGCGCUUCCAGUCCCAGACAUCGACUUUGAUUACGGGGAGACUGCUCCUUUACCUCUACUCAGUGUGCCUGGUGCUACACUACUGGAUGAUCGAAGAGCCAGUCUUGAUGGCGUUGCAACACAAAGGAGUUCAAACGUCCUUCCACAUGAUAUAGGUCUGCCACCAGCACAAGAACACAGGAGCAGUUCAGAACUGGUCACAAGAGAGCUCAUCGAAUCCGAUGCUGUGUUCGAUGUCCAGGCUGAGUCCCCGGUUGCGGUUGAUAGAGCAAAUUCUCCUACGACGGCCAGCUCCAGAACUGUUCGGGAGGAGAUCAAGCCAGUCGAUACUUUCGCGGAUGCAGAUCUUGUCAUUGAAUCUGAAGAAGCCUCUGUCCCAGAAUCCAUGCAGAACGGAAACAUUGAUGCGCCAAACUCGAAUCCCGAGACACGACUCCCGCCGCAAACCCUCAGACGGAGGCCAGGAGGAGACCUGCGUCGAGUGGAAAACGUGCAGGAAUUGGAUCAUACAUUUCACCAUGCUUCACUGGAUACUGCGAGCGUCAUCUCUGAAUCAACUCAUGGAUCAUUACUUAUCAUGAAAACGGAUACUGUUCAGCGUAUCGCUUCGGUAGAAGUCCCGCCGCCCAAAAAACCCAUAUCUCUGAUCAAUACUCACUCGUCCCAGCACCUUCGGCCUUCCUUUGAGGCCGCUAUCGCUGGCUUUUCUGCCAUUCCCGAUGACGAGGAUGGCGGACUCGAAGCAACCCUGAUGAAGCUUGAGGGCCGGUACGAGAAGAGAUCACCACCAAUGGAACAGAAUCCGCUGGACACUGCUGCAAGGAGACGAUCCCUACCAGAGCUGAGUCGGAUUGUCCAGCCAGGAGCUAGCAGUUCCGUACCGACCACCGAUCAUCCUGUGCCAGCUCCUGCUCUCACCAGCGCCAUUCGCACGACAGUGGAUGAAGUCGCCUCGGAGCAGUCUGGGGACGAACCCCUUACUCCAGAGCCUCUGGUGGUGGAACUGAAGCCGACAUCCUCUCGCCGAUCUUCCAUCUUCGGCCUUCCAACGGAAAGCGUGGCCGAUUCUGACGAGUCUUAUGGAUCUCUGCCAUUAUUGAAACGGGAAGCAGGUCAUGAGAGCACCGCUGAGGCUCUGCCCAUGAAACCAAACACAGAUUUGCCUAUGGUUGCACCGGGGUAUUUUCCACAAGAUCCUCCUCAACUAUUCCAUCUACCCAAGGGGCCUCCACCGAGCGGACUCAAGCACAGGACAAGUAUUCCACGACCAGAGACUGCCAACGACAGUGCACGAUCUUUCCUUCUAGAUGAAGACGAGAACCUCUCAGACCUGUCUUCAGAGAUAUCUGUGGACAUCAUCAAUUAUUCCGAAGUCGCAGGUCGUUCUAUCUCGCCCAUGCUUGCCGCCCCUGGAACAGCUAUAUCUGGGCUGGAGAUACCAGCACACCCGUUGACCUAUGCCUCGGUGGUGAACUUGCGCAUCCCAACUCCACUAGAACGAGCCUCGGAUCCCAUGCCACAGAGCAAGACAGCGCAAACGACUCAGCGCCAGAAUAAAGAUCAGCCGACCACCGAGCAAAGAAACCUAUCAUUCACAGAGCCAUUGGCACGUCUCCCGGCAGGUCCGGCGCAUAUGCCUUUCAUCCUCGCUUGCGACUCGCAAGUUCUUGCGCAACAAAUGACACUGAUAGAAAAGUCUGCACUGUCCGAAGUCGAAUGGUCCGACCUGGUCGAGAUGCGGUGGAGCAGCAAGACAGAUGACGUUCUAGAUUGGGUCGAGUGUGUGUGCAACGGAAACGUGCGAGGCAUUGACCUAGUCAGCACGCGGUUUAACCUAGUUGUCAAAUGGACCUUGUCCGAAAUUGUUCUGACACAGGACAUUCAUGAAAGAGCACGAGUCAUCACCAAAUACAUCCAUGUCGCAGCACAUGCUCGCCGACUACACAACUACGCCACAAUGCUGCAACUCACGCUUGCGCUGACCUCGACCGACUGUACGCGACUCGCAAGGACUUGGGAGUUGGUGUCAAGCUCGGACAAGUCGUUGUUGAAACAUAUGGAAGCACUCGCGCAACCGUUGCGUAAUUUCCACGAUCUGAGGGUGGAAAUGGAAUCAUCCGAUCUCAGCGGCGGCUGCAUCCCAUUUCUAGGAUUGUAUAUUCGUGACUUGACAUAUAAUGCACAAAAGCCCUCUCAUGUUGCAAGUACUCGCGGGAACGAGUCGCUUGUCAACUUUGAACGUUAUAGGAGCACGGCUAUCAUUGUCAAAGGUCUUCUACGGCUAAUUGAUGCCAGUUCCAGGUACAACUUUGAACCAGUCCAGGGAAUCGUUGAGCGGUGUCUCUGGCUGGCCGCUCUCGGCGAUGAGCGGAUACGCAGCGCAAGCAAGACAUUGGAAAACUAA